AUUUGAAGAUUUAGGACGGGAAACGGUUGGCCGCUUGCCGAGUUACGUUCGAGUCCUGCUCACGGGAACGCUUGCCGUGCUGGAUGGGACCACGCGAAGGUCAAAUCAAACGUUGGAAAACCCCAACUGCUUCGUCUCUGCCUUCCCAUAUCAGCGAGGCGCAUCCUGUGAUUACCCUAGUUCUUUACUUUCUCAUCACCUGACUAUAUAACCUCAAGCGCACCGGUGUGAUAGUCAACACCCCUUCAAGGACAAUAUCUCACCUCAACAUCAAUAUUCAAUAACCCGUCUCAUCAUAUUUUAUCUCGGCGUGAAGCCCCUAUCGACGGCAUUUGUUAUUCUCCUAUCCUCCAGAUCCAUUACUACACUCACUUCGUCGAGACCUUUACCAUGCCAUCCAAACUAGCCAUUAGUUCCAUGUCCCUAGGACGCUGCUUUGCCGGCCACUCUCUGGACAGCAAGCUUGAUGCCGCUCAACGAUAUGGCUACCUCGGUAUCGAGCUUUUCCAUGAGGACCUGGCCGACGUUGCAGAACGUUUGUCGAACGAGCCUCCUUCACCUGAAGGCCCUUCUUCCGAAGCCCAAAUAGCCGCCGCUCGUCACAUUUUCCAGAUGUGUCAAGUCAGGGGACUUGAGAUUGUCUGUCUCCAGCCUUUCAUGCACUACGACGGCCUUAUCGACAGGACAGAACAUGAGCGCCGCCUGGAGAAGCUAGCACUAUGGAUUGAGUUAGCUCAUGAGCUUCAAACCGACAUAAUUCAGGUCCCAGCCAACUUCCUCCCCGCCGACCAAGUCAGUGACAAUCUCGACUUGAUUGUCUCGGAUCUUUGCAAGGUGGCCGAUAUUGGAGCUCAAGCUUCACCCCCUAUCCGCUUUGCCUACGAGAGUCUCUGCUGGAGCACCCAUGUGGACCUCUGGGAGCGCUGCUGGGACAUCGUACAGCGCGUUGACCGCCCCAACUUUGGCAUCUGCCUUGACACAUUCAACAUCCUCGGCCGUAUCUACGCCGACCCGACGUCUCCUACCGGGAGGACGCCCAACGCAAAAGAGGCAGUCAGGAAGUCCAUCGCCAACUUGGUCUCUCGCGUGGAUGUUUCCAAGGUCUUCUACGUCCAGGUGGUUGACGCCGAGAGGCUGAGCAAGCCACUGCUUCCCGGCCACCCGUACUACAAUCCAGAGCAGCCGGCGAGGAUGAGCUGGUCGCGCAAUUGCAGGCUUUUCUACGGCGAGACAGAAUAUGGAGCGUAUCUGCCCGUGAAGGAGGUUGCUCGAGCCUUCUUCCACGGCAUUGGGUUCGAGGGCUGGGUCAGCUUGGAGCUGUUCAAUCGCAGAAUGUCUGAGGAGGGACCCGAAGUGCCGGAGGAGCUUGCCAUCAGAGGCGCUAUCUCGUGGGCCAAGCUGGUGCGGGACCUGAGGAUACCGGUAGAGGGACCAUUGGUGACGACGCCCCGAGUGUCUGCUUCGUUAUAGGUUCAACGCUGGUUGUUCUUACCCUUUGGUUUGCCGUUAUAAACUGACACUAUUUACUACACAAAAGUCUGGGCGGUCUUCUUUUUUCUCUUGGUACGUUGGGUUUCAAAUCGGGGAGUGCGAUGUGUGGCAGGCGUCGGUGACAAAAUUAUUCUUAAAUCCGGUUAUUUUAUCUCAAUCAUGAUGUUCUUCUGCCCCAAGUCCUUGACUCCGACUGUAAUACGCUCUUAGGCAGGUCGGUA